UCGUCUUCUCCAUCGUCCGUUACCAGCAGUGCUCUCUCUCUCUCUCUCCCCUCUUUCUCUCUCUAAAAGCUCGCAGGGCUUCUUCGACAUUCGAAGUGAAUCUCUUCCUUCUCCGUCUCCGUCUCCGUCUCCGAGAAACGUCGAAUCGCGCGGCGGACGGGGGAAGGGCGUGGAGGUCGCGCGCCGAGGAGGACGCUCUUCGUGUAUUUCUUUUCUCGGAAGGCAAGGAAUCUCGGUCAUAGCCCAAGCAAGAUGGCCCUAGAGCACUCUUUUGCAGAUUCCGUGGCAUCGCAAAACCUUAGUGGAUUGCACAAGCCAUCUUUAGAGAACUGGAAGUCCCUCGCGGCGGCCGCUGCCGACUCGGAUGACAACCAUUCCGGUGGCUUCGAGUGCAAUAUCUGCCUUGAGAUGGUGCAGGAUCCGGUGGUGACCCUGUGCGGUCAUCUCUACUGUUGGCCUUGCAUCUACAAGUGGCUUCAGGUUCAGAGUACUGAUAUGGAGAACGAAGAGCCGCAGCCGCAGCAGUGUCCGGUCUGUAAAGCAGAGGUUUCGCAGGCCACUCUGGUGCCGCUCUACGGCCGCGGUGGAUCUACCAAGUCAGCAAAAAGCAAGGCCCGGCAGCUCGGCAUAGUCAUACCGAAGAGACCGUUUGGUCCUGCCUGUGGCGUCGAUAGCCCGAGAUCUCUCGGCGCUUUUUCCAGUCCCCGUUCGGUUCAGCGAGUUCACAAUCAAGUGUACGCACCGCAAUCGCCGUCGUACCAGUCCCACCUGGGAGGCUACGCCGCCUCGCCUAUGGUUAAUCUAGGCGGCACAUCGACGAACACGGUGGACCCGAUGAUUGGGAUGCUUGGCGAGAUGGUAUUCGCGAGGGUGUUUGGGAACUCGAUGACGAACAUGUACACGUACCCGAACUCGUAUCAUCUCGCCGGGAGCAGCAGCCCCAGGGUGAGGAGGCAUGUGAUGCAGGCCGACAAGUCCUUGAGCAGAAUAUGUUUCUUCCUCUUUUGUUGUAUAGUUUUGUGCCUGCUUCUGUUUUGAGUGUGGAGAACAUUUGGGGACACAAUCUCCUUUGUUAUACAUGUAAAAAGUACGAGGAUUUCAAAGGAGAAGUCUGGGGCAGCGGUGUGGAUUAGAGAAUUUAGAGCUGUAUUUCCCCUGCUGCAAUAUAAUUUACACGGAAUUUUAACGUUCAGGGUGAA